AGGGCUGGGAAGGAAAGGGAGUAGCAAAGUAUCUACGGACUAUUUAAAUCAGAAUCCGGAUGAACCUGAAGAAACUAGCAUGCAAGUCUGAGGUUUUCACCUUCCAGACCCACAAAUCUCUUAAUCUCUCACUGACAGCUCCAAUGUCUGCUGGGUUUUGUGAAGACAGCAAACCUUGAAUGAUGAAAAAGCAGAGAAUUUAAGCACUUGUUUCCAUAUCAUCUCACAUCAAUCGGAAAGUGAAGCAGACAGUGGGAGAGCCAUGGAAAAGAAUUUGAGUUUAUGGAAGAACCUGAUAGAUGAGCACCCAGUCUGCACAAGCUGGAAGCAAGAGGCCGAAGGAGCCAUAUAUCACCUUGCCAGUAUUUUAUUUGUAGUAGGUUUCAUGGGUGGCAGUGGAUUCUUCGGGCUCCUUUAUGUCUUCAGUUUGCUGGGGCUGGGUUUCCUCUGCUCUGCAGUCUGGGCAUGGGUAGAUGUCUGUGCUGCCGACAUAUUUUCCUGGAACUUCAUACUUUUUGUCAUCUGCUUCAUGCAGUUCGUUCACAUUGCAUAUCAAGUGCACAGUGUAACCUUUGCCCGGGAAUUUCAGGUGUUGUACAGCUCCCUUUUCCAGCCCUUAGGGAUCUCUUUGCCUGUCUUCAGAACAAUUGCUUUGAACUCCGAAGUGGUUACUUUGGAAAAAGAGCACUGUUACGCCAUGCAGGGGAAAACUUCCAUUGAUAAACUCUCCCUGCUUAUUUCAGGAAGGGUCAGGGUGACAGUGGAUGGUGAAUUUCUGCAUUACAUUUUCCCCUUUCAGUUUCUGGAUUCUCCUGAGUGGGACUCACUGAGACCCACAGAGGAAGGCAUUUUUCAGGUAACCCUCACAGCAGAAACUGAUUGUCGAUAUGUAUCUUGGAGGAGAAAGAAAUUAUAUUUGCUCUUUGCUCAACAUCGUUACAUUUCCCGCUUGUUUUCAGUUUUAAUUGGCAGUGACAUUGCAGAUAAACUCUAUGCCCUGAAUGACAGGGUAUACACAGGAAAAAGUUAUCACUAUGAUAUUCGAUUACCCAACUACUAUCAUAUGUCAAGUCCAGAAAUGCCCAGAUCACCUCUGACAGAACAGUUUCGGAAUUCCAGACGAUACUGUGAUAACUGACGUCAAAAUAUGAAGUUUUAUAACUAUUAAAAGUAUCUUCGUCAUUCCCCAAAAUGAAAUAGCAAAAUAUAAAAAGUUGAGUUCACUAAUAUUUUUGUAACUCAGAUUCAGAGGAAUGAUGCCAUUGCCAGUUAUUUUUAUUCAUCUCAACUACUGCGUUGCAAAUAAAUUUUACAAUUUUUCUUG